AUGUCUCAAACCGUCGGUCUGACCCGGCUCGCCUACUCUCGAGUAUGGCAUCAUGUAUCCGCCACAGCAACCCAUCAGAAGCUCGCCCCCCCUUCUAUGGAAGCUCCCCCCUCCCUCGGACGCCUCGCCUCUCGAAUCGCCGUCAUCCUCAUGGGCAAGCACAAGCCCACCUUUGACCCUUCAACCGACUGCGGCGACUACGUCGUCGUGACGAACUGCGCGGCUCUGCACGUCACGGGUCGAAAGAUGUGGCAGAAGACAUACUACAGACACAACACGCGGCCCGGCUCGCUCAAGUCGCUCACCAUGGACCGCCUGAUGGAGAAGCACGGGGGCAGCGAGAUCCUGCGCAAAGCGGUCAGAGGCAUGCUCCCCAAGAACCGGCUGCGGGACAAGCGGUUGGCGAGGCUCAAGGCUUUUGAGGGCAAGGCGCACCCGUACAAGGACAAUCUGAUCCGAUUUGGGGGUGUUGUGGUUGGGUCAGAAGGGUGGGAGAAGGCGGCGGAGAGGAUACGCUACAACGACCAACAGAGAUUAUAG